GAAAAGCAAAGGGUUUUAGCUGUUAAUACUCUUUCUGUCUCUCUCUCUCUCAGCAUACACAACAUGGUCUCUCUUCUGUGCUUCACCACCACCACUUCCCGACAAACAACUAAUUAAAACCCUUGUAAAACCCUAAAAAAUUUACAACUUUUUUACAGUCAGUCACUCUUUUUGUUAUUUCUUUGUGUGGUUAAAAAUAAAAAUAGAAAUAUAGUUAUAAAACUUUAUCAACACGGCCGCUCAGUCUUCCUUUUUGAGCUGCACUAGCAAUAAGCUGCUAGUAGUAAGCAGAAGAGUAGCUAUGGCUUUCUUGGGUUUAUCUGUUCAAUCUUCACCUUUUAAACCUACUUCUUCUUAUGUUUGGUUUUCUCCUCAUUCUCGUUCUUUUUGGGCUUCUUCUGGUAAAGCCCUUCACAGGCGGGAAGAUUUGAAAACUCAGAGUAUAGAAAAUGCAUCGUCCAGCUUAGCUGUGCUUGGUGAUUCCAUUAAACAAAUAUCAAGUCAUGAAAGGAAGUUAUUCUCUAGUGGAUUACAACAGAAAAUUGAGGAAGACAGUACUUAUGGAUGGAAUGCUGAAAUUGAGGCUCUUAAAGCUCUUAAAGCAAAAAGCUCCUAUAAUAAUAGUUACAAAAAGAUUUCAGCGGCAAAUUGCAGUGUCAGUGCCUCCAUAAAUCGGAAGGUGAAAGAUGAAAAUUUUGAUGUUCCAACUGAAGUCAAUACAAGGAUGAUGCGUGAACGUAUCACCUCUAGCUAUUCUGCCACAACCUGUAUUUCAGGAGGCAACUUAUCUUCAAAAAGCAAACCACCUUAUAGCCCUAGUAGAGGAGAAAAGAAGGAAGUUGGAAACUGGAGAGAGUAUAAAAAACAUUUGCCACAACUAUCUGUAGGUAUUAACCAUUCAAGAAGCAAUGAAGUUACGCCAGUAAAUAAGGUUGAUGGUACUAAUGUAAAAGGUUCCCAUCUUAAUGGGCAAUUGUCAAACAAAAUUAUGGAAGCAAAGUGGGAGAAAGCUAAUAAACUUAGGGAGGGUAAUGCAUCUGAUCAAGUAAGAGAGAGUGUGAAUGGGACUGCGACCAAGGUAGUUACUGUCAAAGCAAAAGGUGUUAUCCAAGACCGUGCAACUAAUAAAAUGGAAAAGAAUGCAAUUCAAUCCGUGGCAACUGAUGUUGUAAAUGGAACUGAGACUAAGAUUGUCAGUGAUGAACUAAUUACCCUUCGUGACAGGCUAGGUGCAAUGUAUGAUAAAGUUCAUAUAGUUGACAAUUUAUCAGCAGCAAAGGAAGUUGUCAGUAAGCUUACAAAUCAGUACAGGCAUCUCGUCCAUGCGUGUGAUACGGAGGCACCGAAUAUUGAUGUUAAGCAGCAAACACCUGUUGAUCAUGGAGAAGUUAUAUGCUUCAGUAUUUAUUCUGGACCAGAGGCUGAUUUUGGUGAUGGGAAAUCUUGUAUCUGGGUAGAUGUUCUUGAUGGAGGUGGCAAGAACCUAUUAGUCGAAUUUGCUCCAUUUUUCCAAGACCCAUCCAUUAAAAAGGUCUGGCACAACUAUAGCUUUGACAACCAUGUUGUAGAGAACUAUGGGUUUAAAUUAUCUGGCUUUCAUGCUGACACGAUGCACAUGGCACGACUUUGGGAUUCCUCUAGGCGAACUCUGGGCGGUUAUUCAUUAGAGGCACUAACAGGUGAUUCAUCUGUCAUGUGUGAUGCUAGACGGAUCCAUGCUGAAAGGCUGUUCCAUGGUGAAGGUCUGUUUGGUAAAAUAUCUAUGAAAACUAUCUUUGGUCGGAAAAAGCUGAAGAAAGAUGGAACUGAGGGUAAAGUAACCGUCAUUCCUUCUGUUGAAGAGUUGCAAAGGACUGAACGAGAAUUAUGGAUUUGUUAUUCUGCAUUAGACUCCAUAAGCACAUUGAUGCUUUAUGAGAGUCUGAAGAAUAAACUAUCUAAACGGAUCUGGACAUUCGAUGGAGUUCGUAAAGGAUCCAUGUAUGAGUUUUAUGAGAAAUACUGGCGUCCAUUUGGUGAGCUUCUAGUUCAAAUGGAAACAGAGGGUGUGCUGGUUGACCGUGCCUAUCUUGCUGAGAUUGAGAAAGUGGCUAAAGCUCAGCAGCUGGUUGCUGUGAAUAGAUUUCGUAACUGGGCAGCUAAGUAUUGUGCUGAUGCAAAGCACAUGAAUGUUGGAAGUGACACACAGUUGCGCCAGCUGUUUUUUGGUGGCAUCCAGAAUAGAAGGAAUCUUGAUGAGAAUCUACCAUAUGAGAAAGAAUUCAAAGUUCCAAAUGUUGAUAAAGUAAUUGAAGAAGGAAAGAAGGCUCCCACUAAAUUUCGUAAAAUCCAACUACAUAGAAUUUGCGAUCCUAUCGACACCGAGAUUUACACUGCCAGUGGCUGGCCUUCUGUCUCUGGAGAUGCUUUGAAGGCUCUCGCUGGCAAAGUUUCUGCGGACUUUGAUAUUUUUGAUGAUGUGGAUAGCAAUGCUGAGGAAGUUCCUGAAACAAGCGUUGAUGAAGCUUUAGCUACAAAUAAUGAAGCUCCCAGUCAAAGCCCAGAAGUUUCAGUUUAUGGAUCAGCUUACCAAGCCUUUGGAGGUGGGCAGAAAGGAAUUGAGGCCUGCCAUGCCAUUGCAGCCUUAUGUGAAGUUUGCUCCAUAGACUUUUUAAUAUCCAACUUUAUCCUCCCCCUGCAGGGCGAUGAUAUAUCGGGUGAGAAUGGACGGAUUCAUUGUUCCCUGAAUAUUAACACUGAAACUGGGCGCCUGUCUGCAAGGAGACCAAAUUUGCAGAACCAGCCUGCUCUGGAGAAAGAUCGGUAUAAAAUUCGUCAAGCUUUUGUAGCUGCACAAGGGAAUUCCUUGAUUGUGGCUGACUAUGGUCAGUUGGAACUUAGGAUUCUUGCACAUCUUGCCAACUGUAAGAGCAUGUUGGGUGCAUUCAAAGCUGGUGGAGACUUCCAUUCAAGGACUGCUAUGAAUAUGUAUCCUCACAUCCGUGAAGCCGUUGAAAAAGGGGACGUACUUCUUGAGUGGUAUCCUCAACCAGGUGAAGACAAACCACCAGUUCCUCUGCUAAAGGAUGCUUUUGGCUCUGAAAGAAGGAAGGCAAAGAUGCUCAACUUUUCAAUUGCUUACGGAAAAACUUCAAUCGGACUCUCGCGUGAUUGGAAGGUAUCUGUAAAGGAAGCGAAGGAAACAGUUGAACGUUGGUAUAGUGAUAGAAAAGAAGUGUCAGAUUGGCAGGAACAACGCAGAUUUGAAGCACGCGAAUUUGGACGUGUUCACACACUUCUAGGACGGGCCCGCUGGUUCCCAUCAGUAAAAAAUGCAACUGGAUCCGUAAAAGGUCACAUAGAAAGAGCUGCUAUCAAUACUCCAGUCCAGGGGAGUGCUGCAGAUGUUGCUAUGUGCGCCAUGUUAGAGAUAACAAAGAAUGCACGACUAAAGGAGCUUGGAUGGAAAUUGCUCUUACAGGUUCAUGAUGAAGUUAUUUUAGAAGGGCCGGAAGAGAGUGAAAAAGAAGCCAUGGCAAUAGUGGUUGACUGCAUGUCCCAUCCUUUUAAUGGAAAAAAUAUUCUCAGAGUUGGCCUAUCUGUUGAUGCUAAAUGUGCCAAAAACUGGUAUUCUGCUAAGUAGAUGACGGAUUUCAUCAACAAAAUACGUGGACUUCUAUCAACGCGGCUUUGUUCCCUGCAUUUUUUUGUGCCUUGAAAUGUAUAGAGAUUAAUCUAACUCGGUCCAGUGUGUCAGCAAACGGGUGAUUUUCGUGACCAUCGAACUAUAACUGCCUUCCUUCCCUUCCCCCCCUUUUUGUCAUGUAGCCUGCUGCUGUUACUCCAUUUUUCAUCAGGUAUAGAAUAGAAUAGCCUGUAGAAAAUUUGUGUAAAUGUACAUAUCUUCUUUUUCUUUUUUGGUUGAGUAAGUUGUAUGUAGCCUUGAUUUUCAUAUCAAAAUCUUUGUAAAAGUACAUCUUACUGUUUCUGGCUAGGUGUUUAUUUUUUUGGCCUUGAGUUUUUCAA